AUGGCGCCAACAUCGCCGUCCGCCUCCGCGGCAGCGCCCAAACUCCCCGCCUCGGCAGACUUCAACGCCCUCUACAACCGUAUCUCCCUCGCUUCCGCAAAACAAGCAACCUUCCUCACCUCGAUGCGCGCAAAAUACCCCUCCUUAGCACGAUCCUCUUCGAAAUCCACGUCAGAAGCCACCUCCAGCAAUGCCGCUGCGCCAGGUGCCUUUUCAUCAAUGUCGAAACCUACCUCCUCGACCACAACAACCACCUCAACAACACCACAAUCGACAAUCAGCCGCCCCCGAGCCCCAGCUGACGACGCAGACCUCCGCUUCGAAAACCCAAACACGGGCCUCGGCUUCGCGACCUCCAAAGCGGACGAGACCACCUCCGCCGCAACACGGGACCUAAGCCGCCGCCUCCUCGGCAGCAAACGCGGAGGAGGUCGCGCAGCAGACGACCCGAAAACCCUCGCCGCCGCGGCGCUCAAGAAGCGCAGACUACAAGAGGACGAAAGCGAUGAAGAGGAAGGGAGAGGCAGCUGGGGAAAGAGCAAGAAGAAGAAGACCAAAGUCCGUCAGGAGGAGGAGGAGGAGUCUGCUGAACCCGAGGCGCUCGUACACCCGGCGGCACGUGGCGAUAUCGAGAUGCGCGAGGGCGGAUCGGAUGACACGGAAGAUCAAAUCCACGACGACAACCAAGACAGCAAGGAGGUUGCUCAGAUCCCCAGUCCAAUCCAGGUGAUAGCGGCGGUAGACCCCGCCGAGGAGGAGACCGAUAAGCGACCCGAGACAGACGAAGCCACCAGGGAACGGAAAAGGAACAAGAAGAAGCGGAAUAAGGAAAACAAGAAAAACAAGAUGGCGGCGGCGGCGGGAGAAGGCGGCGUCGGAACCGCUCAAAAGAUACCAGUGGCAUAA